AUGGCGGCCGUCUCAGGAAAUCAGUCUUUCAAGGUCGCACUGCUACAAAUCAGUCCAAAGGUUCUGGAUGCCGAGCACAACUUUGCCCAUGCUUCGAAACAGAUUCGGCUUGCUGCAACUCAAGGAGCAUCGCUUGCCGUUCUACCAGAAUAUCAUAUGACAGGAUGGGUGCCGGACGAACCCUCAUUCGCACUUAGCUAUGAGGAAGCUCAAAGUUUCCAACGCCGAUAUCAGCAACUCGCAGCCCAAGUGCACAUCAACAUCUGUGCCGGCACAAUCGUCUACCGCGCACCAGAUGACCAGCAGAAAAAUUCCAAGCCAACUCUUCUCAACACCUCUUACUUUAUCGACCAUGAUGGACACCUUUUGGGCGCCUACACCAAGACCAACCUCUGGAUUCCUGAACGCAAUCACCUGACUUCAAGCAUCGACUAUGCGCACAAGAUGCAAGUCGACGAAGGCACGCCUAAACCUCAUCAGGUCUUCGAUACGCCGUUGGGUCCCGUGGGAAUACUGGUGUGCUGGGAUCUGGCCUUCCCAGAAGCGUUCCGUCAGCUCAUUCUCGCAGGAGCAAAGAUCAUCAUCAUGCCCUCGUUUUGGACCUUGUCCGAUAUGAGCAAGGAGGGUCUUGAGUAUAAUGCAACGUGCGAGAAGAUGUUUGUGGAGUCUACGCUUACUACGAGGGCAUUCGAAAACACUGCUGCCAUCAUCUACUGCAAUGCAGGAGGACCUUCGGAGCAGGGCUUUUUUGGUUGCAGCCAAGUUGCACUACCCAUCGUCGGCAAGGUUCCAGGGAGUUUUACAGACGGUGAGGAUGGCAUGCGGGUAGUGGACGUGGAUAUGCGAGUUGUUGAGAUCGCUGAGCGGAAUUAUCAGAUCAGACAGGAUUUGGGACGCGUCGAUUGGCAUUAUGGUUAUGUGAAGGGGGCCAAGUUGUAG